CGUCGUUGCCAAGGUUUCCGUGUACGCGCUCCAAGAGCGGAGACGCGCUGCCGCUGAGAUUCAGUGUCUCUGUAGCCAUGGCGGCGGAUCUACACCCGGAGUGGAUCUCUCGUCUCCCUUCUUCAUGGAGUUACGGGGUCACUCGGGACGGACGAGUCUUCUUCAUCAACGAAGAAGCAAAGAGUACAACCUGGUUGCAUCCAGUCAGUGGAGAGGCAGUGAUAACUGGCCACAGGAAAACUCCAGAUUUACCGACUGGAUGGGAGGAGGGAUUUUCGUUCGAGGGGGCUCGGUGCUUCAUAAACCACAAUGAGCGGAAGGUGACCUGCAAGCAUCCUGUCUCGGGCUGUCCCUCACAAGACAACUGCAUCUUUGUCGUCAACGAACAGUUUCCUUCUAAAGAAAGGUCUGCCCCCAAAGCGCCAGCGAAUGAGAAGGAGCGUCCUCUGAGCACCAUGAGUAGCGAGGCCUCCAACUACACAGGCAGCUCGGACUAUGCUACGCACCAAAGUAGCCCCGCAGCCAGACCGUCAAGAUCCUCAAAAAAAAUUCACAACUUUGGGAAGAGAUCCAACUCGAUACGGAGAAACCCCAAUGCCCUGGUCGUUAAGAGUAACUGGCUUUACAAACAGGACAGCACGGGGAUGAAGCUAUGGAAGAAGAGGUGGUUUGUGCUGUCUGAUAUGUGUCUGUACUACUACAGAGAUGAGAAAGAGGAGGGUAUUCUCGGCAGCAUCCUCCUGCCUAGCUUUCGAAUAUCUAUGCUGUCUGUCGACGACCACAUCAACAGAAAAUAUGCCUUCAAGGCGACUCAUCCCAACAUGCGGACCUACUACUUCUGCACAGACGCAGCCAAAGACAUGGAGUCUUGGAUGAAGGUGAUGACAGAUGCUGCCCUGGUGCACUCUGAGCCUAUCAGGAGCAGGUCGCUCAAAGUGGAACAGUGCGGUCCUCAGGAUGUCAGUAACCACGUUACCCAGAACCACAGACCGGUUCUAACCCGACCAGAGAUCCAGAACAACGAGCGGAACAGGACCGAGGCCGACAGGGAACAUCACACCAUCGCCGCCAUAACCACGGUAACCACUGUCACUGCCGAGGAGGAGGAGGAUAGGAAGCAGCGUGAUGCAGAGCGCUACGGGUUUCAGAAGGAAGGGGCAGAGAGGGACCGGCCGCUCACCAAGAUCAACAGCAUCAAACUAGAACCAGAUCAGGCUUCUGCUGUACCUGCUGACAUCACACCAGACGGGCCCUACAGAGACCCACAGGUGAACGGUGCUGGGGACCAGAGCCCAGGGGAGAUGAUGACCAACCCCCAGCCCCAUCGGACCCCCUCUAUCCAGGGCAGCAUGACCCCCACCACCCCUACCCCCCAGUACCCCCAUGGGGAACCUGAACCCAGGACCCUGACCAGGACCAACUCCAUGCAGCAGCUGGAACAGUGGGUCCGCACACAGAGAGUACGCAACCAGGAUGAUGACACACACAGCAUCAUGUCGUACCAGACACUGCCCAGGAACAUGCCCAGUCACCGAGCCCCUCCAGCCAUGCCUCACUACGGGGACCCCGGCUACCGUACCUUACCCAGGAACAGCAUGGCCCGGCCGGACAGUAUCUGCAGCAUGUCCCCCUCCAUGUAUGACCAGGCCAUGGGCCUGGGCCUGGGGCUAUCCUCUGCAGACAAGAGACGCUCCAUGAGGGACGACACUAUGUGGCAGCUGUAUGAGUGGCAGCAGAGGCAGGCCUAUACCCCCACACGGCCUAUGUCGUCCACUCCCAGACCCUACGGGACCCUGCCCAGCCCCAAGACCAUGAUCAACCUGUCUGAGCACCAGGGUCACGGUCACCACUCCAUCCCCCCCUCACCCUCGCAUGGGUCCCUGUCUAUGUACGGGGGCUACUCGCCCCUCCACUUCUCCUACAACCCCAGCUCCAGUAGGUCUGAGGUGGCCUUCCCUGUAUACCGGGGGGAUGUUACCAUAGACAGAAGACACAGGACACCACAUCUCAACCAGUAUGCCUACCCGCCUGAGAGGAGGUCCAUGCCAGCAGGGAUCCCUGUCCAGACCAUCACUGCCCAGUCUCUGCAAGGAAAAACGCCUGAGGAGCUAACCUUGCUGCUGAUAAAGCUUCGUCGGCAGCAGGCCGACCUAAACAGCGUCCGGGAGCACACUGUAGCACAGCUUAUGCAACUAAACCUCGAUGGUGGCCACAACCCAAAGAACGACAUUCUGUCUCAUCAUCUCCAAAGAAACCUCAUGUAUCUGGACAACCAGGUGAAGGAAAAUCAGCCUUUAAUCGUGAUGAUUCACACGUUGAUAGAGAACUCAGCCCCCAGGCCUCAGCUGUACCAGCACCACGUCAGAAUGAGCCCAGAGGACCACAGGGAACACGCCUACAUGUGCAGCCCCGAGGAGGUUGACAUCGAUGCCAAGCUGAGCAGGUUGUGUGAACAGGACAAGGUUGUGAGGAUACGUGAGGACAAGCUCCAGCAGCUACACAGAGAGAAGCACACCCUGGAGACAGCCCUGCUGUCGGCCAGUCAGGAGAUAGAGAUGAGUGCUGAUAACCCAGCAGCCGUACACAGUGUUAUCCAGCAGAGAGACGUGCUGCAAAGUGGCCUGCUCAGCACCUGUAGAGAACUGUCACGAGUCAACACUGAGUUGGAGCGGUCGUGGAGGGAGUAUGAGAAGCUGGAGGGAGACGUCUCAUUGGCCAAGGACAACCUGCUGGAGCAGCUAGAGGCCCUGGGGAGCCCUCAGACGGAGCCUCCCAGCCAUCAGCAUGUCCACAUCCAGAAGGAGCUGUGGAGGAUCCAGGACGUGAUGGAGGCCCUCAACAAGAACAAGACCCAGAGACACACAGACACACAGGGACACUACGGCUCCACACCCAUCUCCAACAUACACAAGAGUGAGGAGGAGGUGGAGGACCUCUCAGCUCCCCCAAGACCGCCCUUACCCCAGGCCUACGAGCCCAACAGCCCUGCUGUACCCCCCCUCCCCUCUCGUGUUGCCUCCAGCGGGCGACCGGCACCCCCACCGCCACCACACCGGAGUCCAGAGGACAGGGACAGGAAGGCCGGCCAGAGGAACGGAACACACAGCGGUCCUGACUACAGGCUGUAUAAGAGUGAACCAGAGUUGACCACCGUAGCAGAGGUGGAUGAAACCAACGGAGAGGACAGAUCAGAACAGUCUGACAGAGACCCAGCAAACACAAAAGGAAUGUCCUACCCCGUUGGCAUCGUUCCCCCCAGAACCAAAUCUCCCAACAUGCCAAAUUCCUCCAGCAUCAACUCCUACGUCACCCUGAGGAGGGGAGGGAGGCCAGACCCGCGCAUGGAGCGACCUCAUAGUGCUGUAGACCAGCUGUCUGGUGGGGCUGUGGAGAAGGACAGUGGCAGAUCCAGAAUGAGUGUAGAAGAGCAGCUGGAGAGGAUCAGGAGACACCAACAGGGGGCGCUAAGAGAGAAGAAGAAGGGGCUUCACAUCCUGGCAGGAAGUAGCUGCAACAGCCCGCAGGACUACACCACACACAGCCACAGUACCACAUCAACACCGUCACGUAGCCCUUCGUUCACCAAGGAGAACCCCUUCCGCAGCAUGCAGAACCGUCGUCAGCGCGGCGAGGGGAUGAGCAGUGACAUCCUGGAGUUGGAGGCGUCACUCAGAGAACAGGAAGUGGUCAGAGAGCAGGAGACGCCGGCCGAGGAGAUAGCACGCCUUAAAGAGGCCACACACACUGACCACUACAACAUGGACAGAGAGCUGUCAGUCCCUGAGAAGGUGUUGAUUCCAGAGCGUUAUGUGGAGUCAGAUCCAGAGGAGUCUCUCAGUCCAGAGCAGGAGGCUGACAAACAAAAGAAAGUGGACCGCAUCAAAGCCCUCAUCGCCAAAAACAGUAUGCAGAAUGUUCUCUCUCCUCCAGGUCCAGAGAAGGAGGCUGAAGAGGAAACCACAGCUCAGGAUCAUGAGAAAAUGAUCAACAUAUCCUAUGAACUGGCUGCUGAGGCCUCCAAACGCAGCAAGCUGGUGGCAGUGCGCAGCUUGUCAUCCUCCUCACCUCCUCCUGAGCCCCAACCCUCCUCAUCUCCACCUCCUAACACACAGCCCCCCCCCCAGCUCACUGAUGGCUCCCACUUCAUCUGUGUCUAGUAGUGGCAGCACCUUGGCCUCAAUGAAGACCUACACGUGAGAAGACCUCUUCACUAGGACAUGACACACCCAGCACAAAAUCCAACAAACUGGACUGACAGACUGAUGGCCCGCUAGACCACGCCAUGCUCUGUUCAAUCUAUACCUUACUACAGUAUGACAUCACAUCCUCCUGUGCCAUGAUGUCAGUUCAUGUUGCCACAUCCCCCCCCUUUAACAUCACCACCACUUUCCCCUCUCCCCCCCCCUACUCUCCAUGUUAUCACCCUUCUCCCCCCCCUACUCUCCAUGUUAUCACCCUUCUCCACCCCCCUACUCUCCAUGUUAUCACCCUUCUCCCCC